AUGUCUUCGGGAUACACCAUCCACGUCUCGGGCCUCGCCCCAGAGACCUCGGAAACCAAGCUCCACGACUUCUUCUCGUUCUGCGGCAAGCUCCAGAGCGUCAAGAAGCAUGGCACCGAGGCCGACAUUACCUUUGAGAAGCAGAGCGCCAUGCGCACCGCGCUCAUGCUUAACGGCGGCACCCUCGACGGCGCCCACCUCGAGGUGACGUCGUCGUCACCCGCCGCCGACCCCGGCGUGCUCCCAUCCACUGCGUCGGGAUCGACGCCCGUCGGUGGCGAGUUCGAGCAGGAGGACAAGCCCAAGGCUGCCAUCGCCGCCGAGUACCUCGCUCACGGGUACGCCAUUGGCGACCACAUCAUCCAGAAGGCGAUCGAUGUCGACAAGAAGCAGGGCAUCUCGACGCGCUUCCUCUCCUUCCUCUCCGACGUUGACAAGAAGGCCGGCGAGCGCCUCGUCGGUGAGGGCCAGACUCUCUCGUCCCGCAUCCAAGACCAGGCACACUCCACCUACGUCAAGGCCCGCGAGGCCGACCAGCAGCGCGGCGUCAGCAGCACGUUCCUCUCAUAUUACACCAAAGCCCUCGCCACGCCCGUCGGCCAGCGUGUCUCGCAGUUCUACAACGAGGCAAGCAAGACCGUCCACGACGUGCACGAGGAGGCCAUGCGCCUCGCGCACCAGAAGAAGGCUGCCAGUGGGGCCGUAACGCCUGUUGAGCCCGCCGAGCCUGUUGCGAGCUCGGCCGACGCCAAGGCCGCCGAGGCUGGCGUCGCGCCCUCCACGGCGGCGCCCACCUCGGCUCCCGCCCCCGCCCCUCCCGCAGCCAACCCCGAGAAGGCCGCUCCUCUCUCGUAA